UGGAGACGACCAUUCCUCUUCCUCUCUGAUUGUUAGACCGGCUUGGUUUCCCCCUCGACAAGAAAAUCCAUUCCCAAGGAUAUAUAAACCAACCCAAGCAGCAACGCUUCCCAGAUUUCUUAUCUGAGACGAGAAGAAGAAAAUGGAAUCGGAGGAUUCGGUGAAACUGCAAUUGGAGGAAUUGCAGAAACAUUUGGGGAAGAAGCAAAAGUUCGAGGACGCUGUGUUCUCUCUCAAAUCCCUCCUUCAACAAAAAUAUCCAUCCGCUUCUCCCUCUCUCCGCAAUCUGUAUUUUUAUACGGCUAUAUGCCGAGUUGCUACUGUAUUGAAGACCAGGUAUACCGCACCGGGUUUCUGGAAUGCUGGGCUGGGGCUUUUUGAGCAGGCUGAAUUGCUUGUUUCUGAUCCAUCUGAGAAGGAACACUUGAAGGGUUGCAUUUCUCAGGCGAGGGGAGAGUUGCAUCUAGAGGAUAAUCCGACACAAGCUUCACAACCAGCUCAAAAUCCUGUGAAUGGAGGGUAUCUUUUUGAGGGACACCUUACUGUGGAUCCAGAGCCUCCUCAGCCUCAAUGGCUUGUGCAGUCAAACCUCUUGACAACAGCUGGUACACUUUUUUCUGCUGAAUCAUCUCAAGGUUUAGCGGCAGAUGAUCCUUCACGGGAAAAUGCUGCAAAUAUGCUUCAGGAUCUUCUGAAUAGAUUAGAAGAUGCCGUGCCACUGAUGCUGAGUGAUGGUCCAGCGCCUCCAAAAGUCCCUCCUGCUAGCAAAGAAGUUGUGGCAAAACUUCCGGUCAUUACUCUUACAGGGGAAAUCCUGGCUAAGUUGGGGAAAGAUGCCGAGUGUGCAAUUUGCAAGGAAAACUUGGCUUUAAAUGACAAAAUGCAGGAGUUGCCAUGCAAGCACACUUUCCACCCACCUUGUCUGAAGCCAUGGCUGGACGAGCAUAAUUCAUGCCCUAUUUGUCGGUAUGAGCUGCAAACUGAUGACCAUGCCUAUGAGAGCUGGAAAGAACGCGAGAAGGAAGCAGAAGAAGAGAGAAAGGGUGCUGAAAAUGCCGUUCGUGGUGGCGAAUAUAUGUAUGUUUAGAUGGUUAUCUAUUCCUUGUAUUGUCAGCAAUUUUUAUGAACUACUACAUGUGAAUUGUUCAUUAUUGAAGAUAGAGUAAUACCCUUUCAAGUUUCUCAGGUGUUUACUUAUUGUUGGCUGUU